UCAACCCCUUGGCGCCUCCUGGCCCUUUAAGGGUUUCAGAAGCCGGGAGGCGGGGCGGGUUUUAGGGUCAUGUGACUCGUCGUCACGACGGUCACAUGAUCAGGAAAGGUCCUGAUCGAAAGAGGAGAUUGGGACCUUUCCGUGAGUACCGGACAUGUGUGCUGGGAGUGCGCAGGGCACGCGCUCUCAGCACAUAUGUUUUUCUUAAUUGCACGCAAAUGUGUGGCCACUCGGCAUCAAGGCCCAGACGCCGGGAGGCCGCACAUUUGCGUGUGGCUGGCGCGAAGAGGUUAAAGCAGCUU